GUGACGCGCUCAGUGGGAACGCACCCUAAGUAUUUCUACCAUGGUAUCAUUGGUAUCUUGUAUAUUUCUUUUUUUCGUGGAGCGAUAUAAAUUGAUUCAGUGUCAUAAAAGUUGUAAACUAUAUCAUUUAUAUUUUAUAAAUAUUAAAUAUGACAUUUUUGUUACGAGCUUAUGCAUUUAAUCAAAAGAGACUUUUCUUUAAGGAUUUUAAUAAUUUGAAAUACAGUCUGACUCGUAUCAUACGUAAUGAUUACAAUUUUGAGAGAUGUUCUGCAGCACAUAUUGUAAAGUUCUUUCAUAAUGUAAAUUCUUUCUCUCAAGAUUAUCAGAAAACUAUAGGAAGAACUGAAAUUUAUUAUGGACCUUUAACAAGACAAAUUAAACUUCUUAAACUGUUUUCAUUAUUAACUUCUUCCGGUGGCUUAAUGGUUCAGCCGUUUCUUUAUUCAAAAGCUGUGGAGAAUGAUAAUAUAGGAGCUGUCUUAGGAAUAUUUGCAUGUAUUGGAUUUUUCGCUAUAACUACUCCUUUAUUGAUACAUAUGAUAACGAAAAAAUAUGUAACACAUUUGUAUUACGAUGUGAAAGAAGAUGUAUACAUUGCAAAUACUUAUAGCUUGUUUGCUCGGACAAAAGAGCUUACAUUUACACCAGAGGAUGUUGUAGUACCUGAUGUAACUGGAAUGUUUACAAAUUGCAUUAUAAAGAAUAUCCCUUUAUUUUUCGAACAAAAAUUUUUCUAUGACUCUAGUCAUUAUGUUCGCAUAAUGGGAUAUGAUAAACCAAUUGAUUUUAAAUUAAAUAACAAUCUUAAUCGAACAGUCACAAUGGACUGUAAAGUGGUGAAUUAUAAGAAUGAUUGUAAAAAGGAAAAAUAAAAAAUUAUAAAAUAGCA